ACAUUCACAUACACUUCAAGUGUUGUUAUAUAUAUUAUUUCUAAGUGAAAAAAGGAGAGAAGUUAAUUAAGAUGAUGAUGAUGCAAGAUGUUUGGACUCAGUUGGGUCCAACCAUUGCAGCAAUCAUGUUCACUUGGACUAUGUACCAAAACUAUUUUCCUCGCGAACUUCGUGGUCAUAUUAGGAGGUACACUGAUAAAAUUGUGAGCUAUUUCUACCCUUAUAUGCACAUUAUUUUUCAUGAGUAUGAUACUGAUGGCUGGUUCGAGCGAAGCAAAGCUUAUGUUGCAAUCGAAAGAUACCUGAGUAAGAACUCCUGCACACAAGCUAAGCGUCUCAAAGCCAACGUAGUAAAAGAUGGUCAAUCUGUUGUCCUAACAAUGGAUGAUCACGAGGAGAUAACCGAUGAAUAUAAAGGCGAGAAGGUUUGGUGGAUUUCGAGCCAAAAAUUAUCCAACAAACAGACAAUUUCAUUGUGGAAGGAGGAUGACAAGAGGUAUUUCAAGCUCAAAUUUCACAGAAAGAAUCGCGAGCUUAUCACCAAUUUAUACUUGAAGUAUGUGUUGGACGAAGGGAAGGCGAUUGCUGUUAGAGAAAGGCAGAGGAAGUUGUAUACAAACAAUAAGGGAGAGUCAGGUGGUUAUAGAUAUAGGGGUUGGAGGAUAUGGAGUCAAGUAGUGUUUGAACAUCCAUCAACUUUUGAUACUUUGGCUAUGGAUCCAAACAAGAAACAAGAGAUUAUGGAUGAUCUUCAAACAUUUAGAAAAUCAAAAGAUUAUUAUGCCAAGAUUGGCAAGGCGUGGAAGCGUGGUUAUCUUCUUUAUGGUCCUCCCGGGACAGGUAAGUCUAGCAUGAUUGCGGCUAUGGCUAAUUUCUUGGAAUAUGAUAUUUAUGAUCUUGAACUGACAGCGGUUAAGGACAAUACCGAGCUAAGAAGGUUAUUGAUAGACACUACAAGUAAGUCUAUUAUUGUAAUUGAAGACAUCGAUUGUUCCCUUGACCUUACCGGUCAAAGGGAGGAGAAGAAGAAGAAGAAAGACGAGGAAGAUAAAGAAAAAGAUGAGAAAGAUGCCAUUGUGAAGAAGAUGAAAAAAGGAGAGGUGAAAGAGAAAAGUGAGGUAACUUUAUCUGGGCUUUUGAACUUCAUUGAUGGUUUAUGGUCAGCUAUUGGUGGUGAAAGGCUUAUUGUUUUCACUACUAACUAUGUGGAAAAGCUUGAUCCUGCUCUAAUUCGGAGGGGUAGAAUGGAUAAACAUAUUGUGUUAUCCUAUUGUUGUUUUGAGUCGUUCAAGGUGCUUGCAUAUAAUUAUCUUGACGUCGAAUCUCAUGAUCAUUUUCCUGAGAUUCGACGUUUAUUGGGGGAAACUAAUAUGACUCCUGCUGAUAUUGCUGAGAAUUUGAUGCCUAAGUCUUCAAAGGAAAAUGCAGACACUUGCAUGAAGAGAUUGAUUGAAGCUCUUGAAAAUGCAAAGGAGGAAGCAAAAUUGAAAGCUAAGGAAGAAGAAGAAGAGAGAGCAAAGGCUGAGAAAGAGAAAGAGGAGAAAAAGAAAGAAUUAGCAGCUGAGGAAGCUGAUGGUGUGAAAAAGAAUGAGAAGUCAGAGAGUAAUGGUACUAAGGAAAAUGGUAGUGCCAAGGAAAAUGGUGAUGUUAGCAAAGAUUGAUCCUGGAAAUGUUUGAUCAAUAUGAAAGUGGUAUUAUGCAGUUGGUGAUAUUAAUAAUAAGUUAUAUGCAUAUACAUAAGUAGCUAUUUAAUAAACCAAUUAAACGAUUGGUUCAUUUUCAGCAACUGUGUAUCUUAAUAUGGUUCACGUGUAGCAGAUUCAUAAUAAAAUAGGGAUAUAUAUA